GUUAGGUUUGUUCUUUACAGCUGCGCUGAAUUGGCCAGUGAGAGAUAAAAGUAUAAAUAGUAUCCUCGAGCAAUGUGUCAGAUAACGAGUACCGCAAUUAUAAUGCGAUUCUCUGAGUAUCUUGAUCACAAACGGAGGUGAAGAGAGUCGAUAAUUUAUGGCUCUAUAAUCUCUCUUCUUUGAAUAAAUGUCGGAGAACUGUCAUUGAGGUUAAGUUGUGAUGAACUAAUCCUUGCAGAAAAACAUGUCAUUGAAGCCCAAAAACGAGUAUCGCAGGUCCAUCGAUGACUAUCAAACUGCGGCACCUGUGCGGCGUGGGCUCGGUCUCUAUUGGAUUCUAGCCGCGUUGAGAAUAGUCCUCACCUUCGUCUCGCAGACAGGCUACAUUCAUCCCGACGAGUUCUUUCAGUCUAUUGAAGUUAUCUCUGGAGACCACUUUGACAUUGACGUCUACAAGCCGUGGGAGUUCAAUGCCACCUUUCCCAUACGUUCCGCAUUUAUUCCUCAAGUCGUCGUCGGUCUGCCGUACGCGAUUCUCAAGGGACUGUCCCCGUACACGUAUCACUUCCUCGGGUUAUCGCUGAGGAGGCCGUACUUCUUCGUGCUCUUCCCCCGGCUCUUCAUGUGCGCACUCUCCUUCCUGUCGGAUUACUUUCUGUACAAGAUCUGCUACAUGUACGGGCAGAAUUACCGAGUCAGGCUCGUCACGUACGCCAGCUCCUACGUCAUGCUCACCUACGCCACCCGUACCCUGUCCAACUCUGUUGAACUGGUGCUGACCGCCGCACUGUUGUAUUUCGUUUCCCGGUGCAUGGCGCGUUCGGAGAAGGUGGUGUUGCAGAGCGAUUACCUCUCCAAGAAGUACUACGAAGCGACGUCCGUCGUAGAGCGUGUCAAGUACUACAAGCUCAGGGCGUUGCUGCCGUCGCAUUCACUGAACGACUGCUUCGUGCUGGCGACGAUAACGGUGAUAGGGAUAUUCAACAGGCCGACCUUCAUCGCGUUCGCCUUCAUUCCCAUCUUCUUCUGGCUGCAAAGGGGACUGAACUCGAAGAGCAUCGGCUUCAAGGACUUCCACAUCCGGAUGCUCGUCUUUGUCCUCUGCGGACUGCCGGCCGCGCUGCUUUUCAUUCUAGCCGACAGUUUCUACUUCGGAUAUUUAACGAUGGCGGAGAUCGGCCGACUGGAGGUCGGGAUCGACAGUUUUGUGGUGACGCCGGUUAAUUUUCUCAAGUACAACGUGAACACGAAGAAUUUGGAGUUGCACGGGCUGCAUCCUCGUUUCCUGCAUUUCCUGGUGAACGUUCCGCUGCUGUUCAACGUCCUGGGGAUCAUUGGACUGCUCACGUGCGCGAAAAUGAUACACAGCGGGCUGAGGGCACAAUGGUUGCAUCUACCGCGCCUGCAGAGCAUCGUAGGCCUGAUGACGUUCACGUUCGUCGUUCCGGUCGCCCUGCUGUCCCUCUUUCCUCACCAGGAGGCCCGUUUCAUAAUCCCGGUGCUGUUCCCGCUGGUGUUCCUUUACGCGCCCGAGUUGAGCCAGGUGCCCAGUCUGGACAUCGUCCGGAGAUGCGACGGCAGAAACGGCGAGUCCUGCGGCGCCGUCAAGCCGACGACGUGGCGUAGGUCCGGGAAAUUGACGCUCUGGUACGUCGGCAAUCUGCUGCUGGCCCUCUUCUACGCUUUCGCGCACCAGGGCGGCGUUUUGCCGCUCGCGUCCCACAUCACGACGGAGCUCGAGGCGAAGCCGCAUCUCGCCCACGUGCACCUGUACACCUCGUACAGCUACUCGCUGCCCACGGCGUUGCUGCAGCUGCGUAACACCCGCAGGGUCUACCGCAGCAGCAGUAAUCACAAGUACAAACUGACGCGGGACUUUCACCUGUACGAGCGCGGCUCCGAGCCGCUGCCGCGGGUGUUCGACAGCAUCGCCCGGAGGGUCAGGGACUGCGAGGAGAGCUUCGCCGCCGACAGGAUCCCCUACAGAUUGUACUACGCGUUACCGGCCUCCGCGAUAAACGAGUUCGCGGAAUUGUCGAGCAAUAAUUCACACUUGUUCAGGUUUCACGUGGUCAAGACUUUCUAUCCUCACAUCUCCGUGGAGAAAUUGCCGUCGUUGCGUUCACUCGAUGGAUUGGCACAUUUAUUAAGUUUGCGAAGCGACAGCAUUUUUAACGCUAUCGUUGAGACUGCAAAGGACGUUUAUGGGUACGUCGAACAGUUUAGGUUACUGUUGCUAAAGAUCGAAUACUUAGUGCCUGAAUCGAGAUGAAAUAGGUGCAAUAAAUAAAUAAAUUUAAAAAAAUUGGGUGUGUAUUUACACACACAUACUUUUAUUGUACAUACAUA